UUUUUCAUCAAUCAGUCUUCAUCAGAAGAAGUCUUCAAAGUGAUCAAACUUGAGCUUGGAUUUUUGUAUGAUGUUUUAUACACAAAGGCAUCGGUAGUUUGUUCUGUUGUUGGCGGCCUACUUCGUUGUCUCAGCUUUUUUUCUACUGUUUCAGCAUUUGUUGGCUUCUUGAUAAUUGAGAAGCACAGCAAAUCUAGAAUCAACGUAAGCAUAAGUUACACAUUGUUGGUCGGAGCAAUGAUUUUAGAAAUCUACGCAAUCAUCUUGCUACUUUCUUCAGAUUGGACAUUGCUCUGGUUGAGUAAGAAUCGCAAUCCAUAUUUGAACCUGAUAUUUGAAGCCAUAUAUUCCCUUAGAUUAGCCAUUAGUGAUAAGUGGUCUGUUUCCAUGGCACAAUUCAAUUUGAUAAAUUUUUGCUUGAGACAUAGGCCACCCAAGUUCCACAAUUGCUUUGGCUUUUGGAAACGGGUGGAGAAGCAGCAACACAUUUAUUUAGAAGAUGUCUCAACUGAUAUGAGAGGGCUCAUCUUCAAUUAUCUCCUAGAGAAAGCUAAACUUGAAGGUGCUGAAGAAUUAAGGGAACAAAGAGGCGACGGCAUAAUUGGGUUGUCCCCCAAUCUUUUUAAGCUGAAAUGGAGUGUUGCAGAGGUGGAUUUUGAUGAAAGCAUUCUUCUUUGGCACAUGGCUACUGAUCUUUGCCAUUAUUAUGACUUCAGUAACUCUGAGGAUGCUAUUCACAAUCCUUAUAUUAAAAUGAGUAAAUUAUUAUCUGACUACAUGUUAUACCUACUGGUAAUGUGUCCUUUCAUGUUGCCCAAGGGGGUUGGACAGAUCAGAUUUGAUCUCACUGCUCGACAGGCAGAAGGUUAUUUUAAACUCAAAGAUAUAGGUGUUGGUAGUUCUAGAAAUGAAGCUUGCAAAAUAUUGAUUGAAGAGGAUGAUGAAGACCCACCACCUUCUAUGAUAUUGGACGGAUGUAAGCUUGCUAAAUUAUUACAGUCUGAGCCAAAGGUAGUGAUAGAAACGGAUUAUGUUUCAGAGGAAUGGGAGAAAUGGAAAAUAAUAUGCCAUGUAUGGGUGGAGAUGCUAUGUUUCGCAGCAAAUCAAUGUGAAUGGAGAUACCAUGCUCAGCAGCUUGGACGAGGAGGAGAGCUACUAACUCAUGUCAGUCUUCUCAUGGCACAUUUUGGGCUUACUGACCAAAUGAGAAAUGCUACAGGAGGAACUGCAGAAGACACUGCAGGAGACACUAUAGAAGGCAUUUCAAGCCGUUCACGCAGGAUUCAAACCUUCCUUUCUUUCAUUGAUGAGAAAGAGGAGGAGAUUAAAGAGAUGGCAAAGAGACGUCAAAAGCAUCGUACCAAUUCAAGACAGGAAUCAGACUCUGAGGUCGGUCAUUCAAUACCCCACUAACAAGAUAUGCUCUUAUUUUUAUCCAAUCGCAUAAUCUCUUCCCAUGUCUGAAUUACUAAAAUGAUUCAAAAGUAAGUUUAAUUCAUUGACAGAUUGUCAGGAUGAAAUGAUCACCUCGAUUUAGUAUUUGGGUUCCUCAGACAUCUACGUUUAAAUCUCAGUAGACAGUAGCCAUGUUUGAUGACCAGGAGACACUAUGUCUAUGACUCUGGAUUCAUGAAUGAUGGGGUAUCCCAUCACCUACACACAUGGUGGCUUCCAAUCCAUGAAGCUUGGAAGUGUGCAUUUACUUUUCAAGGAUUAUCCUUUUUUCUUUUUUUUUUGGGAGAGUUAAUAAUGGUUCUUUAUCAUUGUUGAAGAAGUGUCCAGAAUACUUUUUUAUUUUUUGGAAAUGUCUGCUUAGCAGCCAAUGAAAAUCAGAGCAGAGUUUUCAUGUAGGGAGGAGAAUGAAGAACUUCACAAAAUUCAUAGCUUC